AUGGCGUUAAUCCUCUUCGCUGGAUAUUUAAAGAAUGCACAAGUUGCAGUGGAUGCCAUGUCCAUAUGCAUGAACAUACUCGGCUGGACUUUCAUGGUGGCUCUUGGAUUCAAUGCAGCCAUAAGAUCUGAAUUAUUGUGCAGUGUGAGGGUGUCAAAUGAAUUGGGGGCAGCACACCCCAGAACCGCGAAAUUCUCAGUGGUAGUGGUCACAAUGACUUCAUUUUUUAUCGGUAUCUUCCUCGCCCUCAUUCUGAUUAUCGCCCGGAAGCAGUACCCUGCCUUUUUCUCAGACAGUAUAGAAGUCCAGCAGCUUGUAUAUGAUGUUACACCAUUGCUAGCAGUCACCAUUGUCAUUGACAAUGUUCAACCUACUUUUUCUGGGGUGGUGAUUGGAGCAGGAUGGCAAGCUUAUGUCGCAUAUGUAAACAUUGUGUGCUACUAUUUAGUUGGUAUUCCUAUAGGGAUCAUAAUGGGCUAUGUCUUUGAUAUGGGAGUGAAGGGUAUCUGGUAUGGGAUGAUUUCAGGAACUGGCUUACAAACUUGUGUCCUGCUCUGGAUGAUUUACAGAACCAACUGGAACAAAGAGGCUUCUAUUGCUGGAGACAGGGUAAAACAAUGGAGAGGGGAGCCAGAUGCUAGGGCCAAAGAUGCCGAUAGCAUAAACUGAGAGCAAAGGCCAGUACAACUACAUUCAACGGUCAAAUUUCAGUAUAUGUAUGUUGCUCAAAAAAUGCAGCUUUCUUGGCCAACGGCUACACAAUUGAUGUUUGUCCAGUUCGAAGUGAUGGUUGUUCUUGUUACUUCCAUGGAAGGAAAUACGAGAAUUUAUGACUAAAUUCCACAUUACUAGAUCAUGGUGUAAGCUUGAUCGAGAGUUUUUCCAUUUUUGGGUGUGAAUGAAGACGACCAAACUGAAAACUAAGGUGUUCAUAUAGGCAAAUUGGGAGGAUAUUCCUAUAUUUUCAAUCAACCGCGUAAUUAAUUAAUUAGUGAACCUUAAGUUCUAACAACUAAGUC